AACGAGACCAUUUCUAUACAUUGAAAACUCAUCAAAACCAUUGGCUAGGUACAGAGAGGACGAUGCAUCUCUCUCCAUUGAUGUUGGUGGCGAUAGCUUUAUAUGCAAUUUUAGUUGGAUCAUUAAGACCCCUGGCCUACGCUCAGCUAUCUCCAACAUUUUAUGAUCAAAGCUGCCCAAACGUCUCCAACAUUAUUCGUGGAGUCAUCCAAGAAUCCUUGCAAUCUGAUUCCAGGAUUGGUGCCAGCCUCAUCAGGCUUCAUUUCCACGACUGCUUUGUCAAUGGUUGCGAUGCAUCAAUUUUGUUGGACAAUACUGAUACUAUAGAGAGUGAGAAACAAGCUGCUGCAAAUAACAACUCAGCUAGAGGUUUUGAUGUUGUUGAUACAAUGAAGGCUAGAUUGGAGAGUGCUUGUCCUGGCAUUGUUUCUUGUGCUGAUAUUCUCACUGUUGCAGCUCAACAAUCUGUUGAUUUGGCAGGAGGGCCAACAUGGACAAAUCUACUUGGAAGAAGAGAUAGCUUAACAGCAAGCAGAAGUCAAGCUAAUCUUAGCAUUCCAGGUCCUUUCGAGACCCUUGACCAGCUCAAGUCCAAGUUCACCGCCGUAGGCCUCAACAACAAUACCGAUCUAGUUGCCCUGUCUGGUGCUCACACGUUUGGAAGAGCUCAAUGCAGAACAUUUAGCCCCCGUUUGUACAACUUCAAUAACACUAAUUCUCCAGACCCAACAUUGAACACAACGUAUCUGCAAACGCUUCAACAAAUAUGUCCACAAGGAGGAAAUGGGAGUGUAAUAACUAAUCUUGAUCUAACAACUCCUGAUACCUUUGAUAAUGAAUAUUUCUCCAAUCUUCUAAUUGGAGAAGGCCUUCUCCAGAGUGAUCAAGAACUAUUUAACACUACUGGGGCUGAUACUGUUGCUAUUGUUCAAAAUUUUAGUGCUAAUCAGACUGCUUUUUUUGAAAGCUUUGUGACGUCCAUGCUCAGAAUGGGAAAUCUCAGCGUUUUAACAGGAACUACUGGAGAGAUUAGAUUGAAUUGCAGCAAAGUUAAUGGAAAUUCAUCAGCUGGAGCAGAAACUCUUCUUGUUAGCUCCAUGUGAUUUAAGAAAAACGUUGCAUGCUAAAAUAAGCUGUCAUGAUUAGACCAUAUAUAUAUAUAUAUAUAUAUAUAUAUAUAUAUAUAUAAAUUGGUAUGCUAUUUUAAAUGCUUGAUUUUUAUAUGGAUACAGUGGACAAUUAAGAAA